UUUGACAAUUAUGAUUUUGAUUGGCAACAGGUGAUCUGUUGCCAUGGCGACUGAUGCUAGACCACUAACUAUCAGCAUUGCAUCAUGAGGAGAGAGAGCAGCAGAGCUGCGUUAAGGAAGAGGGCGGUCUCUCUUUACUCUGAGUCUCCAGUCAGACACGAAAAACGUCAAAUGAAGGAAAGAAACCAUGAAGGAAACCCAGCAGAAUCUGCUGCUCUGUCUGAGUUUCCUGUUGAGCUGCAGAAUAAACCGAGUUCUCCCAGUUCAUCUGACUGUGAGUCCCAGCAGAUCUCAGUUCUUUAGAGGAGAAUCAGUGACUCUGAUCUGUGAGGAUGAAAACAGACCUGAUGGAUGGACUGUGAGGAGAAACACAAGCAGAGGAAACAGGAAGACAUGUGGAGAUGAAUUUGGGCAAUUAAAUGGAUCUACCUGUAAAACCAGCAGCAUCAGAGAACAUGACUCUGGUGUGUACUGGUGUGAGUCCAUGUCUGGAUCCUCCAGCAGCAGCAGCAGCAGCAGCAGCAGCAGCAGCAGCAGCAGCAGCAGCAGCAGCAGCAGCAGCAUCCAGCUCUCUGUCUCUGGUAAGAUCAGACUGUGGAGUUAGUGUUGCUGAAGCUGUGUGGAAAUGGAUGAAAUGCUGUAGUUUGUCUCUGUGUUGAGGUGGAUCAGUGAUCCUGCAGAGUCCUGUCCUCCCUGUGAUGGAGGGAGAUGACGUCACUCUGAGCUGCAGAACAAGGAAUCCAACCCACAACCUCCCAGCUGCUUUCUAUAAAGAUGGCUCCUUCAUUGGUGAUGGAUCAUCAGGUCACAUGACCCUCCUCCAUGUUUCCAGCUCUGAUGAAGGCCUCUAUAAAUGUAACAUCAGAGGUCAUGGAGAGUCUCCAUCCAGCAGGAUCUCUGUCAAAG